UUUGCAGUGAACCUCUGUGAUUAUUUCUAGCCGACAUUUGCAGUUCCUUAAGAUAAGCAAUAAGAGAAGGAAGCGCUGGUCACCAUGGAGCUAAAGUAGCAGAGAGAUAAGACCUGAUCAUUGUUUUUGGACACUUCCUCUGAUCUUGUCCCGCCGAAGACGGAAACUGGAGGCAGUUUCAGAGUGGACCCAGAAUUACUGACCAAGCAAAAAAAAUAUUGAAGAUCCAUCUUGUAUGGAGAAUCUCAAGUGGAGCGAGGAUGUCUCAGAUGAUGAAGGUUGAAGCUGAUGAACCUGGAGGGUUCAGUUUGGAGUCUCCCAUAUCUGCAGCAUCCACAUCGGAACUGGAUGAAACACAGGACAACAAAGAUCUCAUGUUGCCACUCCAUCAGAUGUUGGUGAUUAAAGAGGUUCCUCAUGACUGGACCCCCAGUUUGGGCCAGCAGGACCCUGUCAACCCCCACAUAAAGGAGGAAGACGAGGAGUUGUGGAUCAGUCAGGAGGAAGAGCAACUUACUGUGAAGAUUGAAGAUGAAGAGAAACCUCAGUUAUCAGAGCUCUACCACAACAAAACUGAAGACAACAUGGAGGCGGCAGCUUUAACCACUUGGUCAGUUGAACAGAUGGAAACAGAAUCUAAUGGAGAAGACUGUGGAGGACCAGAACCAGACUGGAACCAAGAUCCAGUAGACUCUUUUCAAGAAAGUACGAGAAAAGUUAAAUUAGGUACAAGAAGCAAAAGAGCUAAGAGUUCUAAACAUACAGCUCAGACUGGAGUCCAUGUAAGAGAGGAGCUAUUCGGUUGCAGUGUUUGUGGCAAAGGUUUCAAACAUAAGGCUUCUGUUAAAAUCCACAUGAUGGUUCACACUGGAAAGAGAACACAUUACUGUGGUCUUUGUGGGAAAGGAUUUAUUGGAAAGUGCCAUCUUCAGACACAUAUGCGACUCCACACUGGAGAGAAACCCUUUGUAUGUGAUUAUUGUGGUAAAGCGUUUCAUGCAAAGAACUUUCUUAAGACUCAUGCGAUAAUCCAUUCAGAAGAAAACCAUUUUUCUUGUGAGGUUUGCGGUAGAAGAUUUCAUAGAAAGGAUAGUAUUAAACAGCACAUGAGGAUCCACACGGCAGAAAAACCAUUUGUUUGUAGUGUUUGCAACAGAAGAUUUGCACAAGAUGUUGUUCUAAAGAGACACAUGCAUGUUCACACAGGACACAAACAGUUUACCUGUAGUGUUUGCAGUAAAGGUUUUUCCCAACAAAAUGUUCUCCAGAGUCACCUGCGCGUUCACACAGGAGAGAAACCAUUUAUUUGUAGCAUAUGCAGUAAAGGAUUUUCCUUACAAAAUGUAUUAAAGAGACACAUGCGUAUUCACACCGGUGAAAAACCAUUUAUUUGUAGCGUCUGUAGUAAAGGAUUUUCACGACAAGAGAAUCUGAGGAAUCACACGCGCGUUCACACUGGAGACAGACCGUUUGUUUGCGCUGUUUGUUCUAAAAGGUUUUCACGACAAGGAUAUUUGAAAAAACACAUGGAGGUUCACACUUCACCAUUUAGCUGUAGUGAGUGUGAUGAACGCUUUGUGAAGGAAAUCCAGUUGGAGCGACACGUGAGGCUUCACACGGAGGAGAGGCCAUUUAGUUGUGACGUCUGUAAAAACAGAUUUUUUAGGAUGUGUCAUCUUAAAAACCACUUGAGAGUCCAUUCAGGAGAAAAACCAUAUGUUUGCAGUAUUUGUUGUAAAGCAUUUUCACAACAGAUUAUUCUAACAAGGCACAUGUAUGUCCACACAAGAGAGAAACCAUUUGUUUGCAGUGUUUGCAAUAAAUCGUUUUCACGACGUGGAGAUCUGAAGAGCCACAUGCAUGUUCAUGGAGAGUGCAACUAAUUGUGUUUCUGAAAAACACAUUUUUCACAUUUUCCACUUUCUGUGGGCACACAUUCUGUCUUUAACUGGAUUUAUUUUUUCUUCAGUGAGUACAGACUCUUUAAACAAAGUUUGAUGUUGUCAAUGAUUCAUCACAUCCAGGAUAAUUAAAAAAAGUUACCUGUAGUGAGGUUUUUUUAUUAUUAUAGCUAAACAAACUUAGAUUGGGUUCUGUCACAUCAACAGGCAGCUCUGUAGAAUUCCCUGGGUUAACCGCAUCACGGGUUAUGUCACCAAAUUACCGUAGAGCUGGUGCACACCUGUCUGAAAACAUUUAGCUGUAGUUACGGUUUUAUUUCUGAAAAAGAUGCAUUGAAACCAGACUUUUCGGUUCCAAUGUCUGGUAGAUUUGAGUAGAAGAGCCAUCCUGUUACCCAAAUGUUCAUGCACACAUGAGAAAUACUUUUGCUUUGUGAUUCUGGUGUAUUUUACAAUCCAUCAUUUAAACAACUGUCUCCCAAUCAUGGCUAUGGACAACACUCAGAUGCAGGUUUUAGAUAUUGUCUUGCUUUUACACAACUGGUUUAAAUUUAAAUGACAUUUGAAGUCAUUAGCUGAAUUCUUUAGACAUUUACCAGAAGUAUGGAUAGUUACUUGUGCUUAAUGUGAUUUAAGGGGCAUGGGGCUUCCUUUACGCAUUUGGUACAAAUGCGUGUCUAAAAAAACUACCAUAAAGUAAUUAGUCAGCUCAUAAGACAUUUACAAAAAAGAAAUCUGGUUAGUUUGUAUCUUGAAUGGACAACAAAGUAGAAAUUUCCGAGUAUCUUCCGAAUGAUUAAGUUCCCUUCUCCUUUCUUGUCAGAACACUUGGUUAUUUUAAGAUUAUGUCUAUAAAUAUUUUUAAUUGAUAACUCCUUCACUUUUAGAUCACAUGCUGGGGUCUCAUGGAAAUCCUUUCACCUUUGCUGGACUAAGGGCAUGUUUUGUACAUUGAUGCCACGUCACUGUGACCUGUACUGAUGCAAUAGAUUAACUUAUUUGGCCAACAAAAAAAUGCAAGCAUUGGUAGUCUUUUAUCUAACAGACAAUGUUUUGAAUCUACUGUGCACAUCAUAUUAAUGAACUUAUAGCUCUGCACAGAAUGAAUUACUUUCUUUGCUCUCAGGACUAUCUGUUAUUCAAUGUCAGUGUUAUUCUUGUACUGAAAUAUGUUUAAGGGCUUUCAUUGAAAGCACUCACUACGUUGAGUGUUUCAGUAUUUGAGGCUGAUUUCACCUCAUGUUCUUAUUUUCAGUAAUCCACUUGAAAUGUUAUAUAUCAUCUGUUCAUAUUUUUAGUUUUAUGUGACAUGGCCGAAAUAUUUGUUUUGGUCCUUCAGGUUCAAUCAUUCAUAUUGCGCGUACAUAGACUACUGUUUUGAAAUAUACUAAAACCUAUUAAAUACAUAUUUCUAAAUCUGUGUUUGGACUAAAUUUGAUUGUAUUUAAUUAAAGUUCAAAUUGUGAAGUUCAUUGAAAGUUCAGGGUUUCUUUGCUACACAAAAAAGUAAAUGUAAUUUUUUUUUUGUAAUGGUUGAUGUGAUAGAAUAAAUGUAAGUUUUUAUCA